UCCCUGCGCACUCGCCUCAGCAGAAUCGAUAGCUAUUUACUCCGAGAACAUUCUAACUCUGUGAACUGUCGGUGGGCCCUGAGAAGAUCUUAGUCCACAAAGCGUUGACAAUUCCACGGAACAUCUCCCCAACGGAUUACUGAAGAAGACAUGGCUGUUUCGGCUCUCAACAUGACACCCUACUUUGCUGGAUAUCCCUUCCAAGGACAAGGUCGCGUCAACCAACUUGGCGGCGUCUUCAUCAACGGGCGUCCGUUGCCCAACCACAUCCGUCGGCAAAUCGUGGAGAUGGCGGCCGCUGGGGUCCGUCCCUGCGUCAUCUCGCGCCAGCUGCGCGUCUCUCACGGCUGCGUCUCGAAGAUUCUGAACCGCUUCCAGGAGACAGGCUCCAUCCGCCCGGGAGUGAUCGGCGGCAGCAAGCCCCGAGUGGCCACGCCCGACAUUGAGUCCAGGAUCGAGGAACUGAAGCAGUCACAGCCCGGCAUCUUCAGCUGGGAAAUCCGCGCCAAACUGAUUGAGGCCGGAGUCUGUGACAAGCAGAGUGCCCCGUCGGUGAGCUCUAUUUCACGCCUUCUGCGUGGAUCCUCCGGAUCGGGAACCUCCCACAGCAUCGAUGGCAUCCUCGGCGGAGGAGCUGGCUCAGCAGGAAGCGAGGAUGAGAGCGAGGACGACGCUGAGCCCAGUGUGCAGCUGAAGAGGAAGCAGAGGCGCUCCCGCACCACCUUCUCCAACGACCAGAUCGACGCCCUCGAGCGCAUCUUUGCCCGUACUCAGUAUCCCGACGUCUACACCCGCGAGGAGCUGGCCCAGAGCACCGGACUGACCGAGGCCCGCGUCCAAGUCUGGUUCUCCAACCGCCGUGCACGUCUACGCAAGCAGCUGAACACCCAGCAGGUGCCCAGUUUCGCCCCCACUGCCGCUUCCUACGGCGCCACUGCCACCGCCAGCUCCGCCCCUGCUCCCAACAUGGGCAUGAGUCUGUACGGUUCCCAGACCUGGCCGACAUCGGGAGCUACCUAUGAGAAUCACGCCGGCUACGGUGGCUCGGUGGCGUCCAUGUCCCCGGCCAGCAGUACCUCUGGUAGCAGCUCCGCCGCCCACAGUCCCGUGCAGACACAAGCCCAGCAGCCCGCAGCCGGAAACGAGUUCAUAAACUCCGCCUACGGCGUGGGAUCGACCAGUGCUGCCUACCCAUCCACUGGAACAGCUGCCUACUCCAUGCCCCCGACUGCUGCCACAUCUGCGGAGCAUCUCCGAUCCCAGUUUGCAUCCGCCGCUGCCUCCGGCUCUCACCACCCCUCCUCCUGGGACAGCUACAACUUCGCUGGAUCCUUCUUCCCACCCACUGCUGCCGCAGGCAACCACAUUGGCGGCUACCAUCAUCAGGUCGACCAGAAGAGCUCAAUGAUGACCAGUGCUCCCGCCUAUCCCUACUUCGGUUUCUAAUCCGAUAC